GUCACCCUCACCUUGACAGUCAGUCCCAGUGAGACCUUUGGAUGGGGCGGGUGUGGCACCUCGCGGCACUCAGGCUGACGUCUAGCUAACCCAGUAAUCCCGUUUUGAGUGGUAGUGUGUAGGCGAGCAGUGAGCAGAGUGUGUCUUAUGUGUGUUAGUAAACCCCCACCUUGCGCGUGACCCUUCCCUCUGCCACCCUGCCAGCCAUGCCGCUGUUCAAGGCGAGAAGGGCAGGCAAUGCUGUCAUGGAGGACCACCACCACACUCCUGCCAACGGUCACCACCACCACCACACAGACACCGCCUCCACCACAGCCGCGCCGCCCGAAGCCUCCACCGUGACCCGCCCCAAGCUGGUGUUCCACUGCCAGCAGGCCCAGGGCUCCCCCACGGGUAUCAUAUCAGGGUUCACCAACGUCAAGGAGCUCUACCAGAAAAUCGCCGAGUGUUAUGACAUCCCCACCGAGGACAUCCUGUUCUGCACGCUCAACACCCACAAGGUUGACAUGACCAAGCUGCUGGGGGGACAAAUAGGUCUGGAUGACUUCAUCUUCGCCCACAGGAAAGGUCGGCCGAAGGAGGUUGAGAUUACCAAGACAGAGGAUGCGCUGGGACUGACCAUUACAGACAACGGCGCCGGCUAUGCUUUCAUCAAGAGAAUUAAGGAGGGUUCCGUCAUUGACAGGAUCAAGCAUAUAGAGGUUGGUGACCACAUAGAGAAGAUUGAUGGCAAGUCCCUGGUUGGUCACAGGCACUACGAGGUGGCCAAGAUGCUCAAGGAGAUCCCCCGAGGCACCACCUUUGUCAUGAGGCUGGUGGAGCCCCUCAAGGCUGGCUUUGCCAACAUUGGGCCAAGGACUGACCCAAGAGCAUCAGGCAAGAAGGGAUAUGGCAGUGGCAAGCAAACACUGCGCUUCAAGGCCAACGGACAGGCAGAGGUGGAGGACGCGCCGGAUGAUCUCAGUACCUACGCAACGGAGAAGAUCAACGCUCUGCUAGAGAACUUCAUGGGCAUCAACGACAACGAUCUAGCUGCCCAGAUCUGGGAGUUGGGUCAGCAGAAGCAGAACACGAUGGAGUUUGCUGAGGCGGUGGAUGAGUCAGACCUGGAGGCAUUUGGAUUCACGGACGACUUCAUCUUUGAGCUGUGGGGGGCCAUCACUGAUGCUAAGGCCGGCAGGCUGAAGAAGUAAGGCCGGCAGCGGGCAUCAGGGUGACAAGCUUAGUGUGAAAGGCACUGCUGUGUAAAGGAAGGCUGAACAUUUGCACGUAUAAGGUUGCCAAGAGAGAUUCACGGCAGCAGCAUGCUGGGAAGGGAAGGGCAAAGGCUGGACCAUCAAGGCCAAGGUCAGGACCAAGGCCAGGAGGCAGGAAUGGGAAUAUCCAGAGUAGCAGCAUUCCAAGAUCUGAGUCCUGGUGGGGCAAGUAACAGCCUUGAUUUGCUUCAUGCCUUUCAGCAGUUUUCUUUUAUUAUUAUUUUUAUUUUUUCCAGGUUAAAUGUAUAGUAUAUUUUUUCCAUGAGAUUUGUAAGUGUAUGACAUAUCAUAUGAGUAAUGCAUCACAUCUCAUUGAAGUGUGCAGGUUUAUUGGGAACUCUUAAUUACAUAUAAACUGUUGUGACGUUUUGUAAGAGGGUUAUAGAAUGUACUCCAUACUAUCUUGAUUUAACACAUCUUCACAAAUUACAAUUGAAUGUGAAUAAAAGAAAAUGUAUGCAGGUGUGAAUGUUGAGUGUUGGUGUGGAGUGUAGAGACACCUGUCACCUGUGUGGCUUGGAGAACUCAGCCACUUGGGGUGAUGGUAGCUGAGUGGAGGCAGUUAUGUGAGCAUGAGUAGCAAGAGGUGUUGCUUUCAGCCAUCCCAAAGAUUAAUGCUUCUAUGCAGGAGGACAGAGGCUCACUCACUCUCAUUCACCACAAAGCCUCACUACGCAGUACACCCUCAUAUCUUCUCUAGUGUCAUGAACCCAAUCAUUAUUCAUGUCAUUUCUCCAUGAGUAAGUUACUGUGACAUAUUCUGCAAAGAUGUUUCUGCAGUGUAAAGCUAUGGAUGUUUUAAUGCUGGGGAGUAUACAUUGAAAUGUCCCACACUCACUCAUUCAUACAUACAUACAUACUUACAUAUAUGCAUACACAAAGCUUAAAAGGAAAGCACAUCAUCAACCAAAGACUUUUAAACUAACACAAUGUGAUAAUGUGCAAGACAAGCACAGGAAGGAACAAAUGCUUAUUUUAUGCUACUUACUAAUACUAAAUGAGACUUUAAGGCAGCUGUAACAUUUUGAAGUCAGGGAAGCACCCAAGAACACGUGUAGUGGUGGGACAAGCAAUCAGGACAGACCAGGAUCCACUCAGGCCUUGGUGACUGUCUUGGUCGGUUGGUGAGGUGCUGGUUUCAUGCCCCAAGGCCUUGGUGACAGUCUUUGCUGGUUGGUGAGGCACUGGUCUCAUGCUCCCCGUGGGUGUCCUGCCAGAAGGUCGACCCCUGCUGAAUACCUCUCGUGACCAAUUUGUCCCGCCUUUGUCCUGCUUGCAGAUCAAUUUCUCCUUGUGUCUGUGGUGUGCCCAAGUGGAGACAUGACACACACAUCCAUUGAAAGGCUCUCACCUACAGAAGGCAGCUCCUAUUUACCAAAUACCAUCUCAUCUUCAUUCAUAAUUUUUCAAAUCUCCCUAAGGCUCUCUGUCAUAUGUUUGCCUAUCAAUCAACUGCUAAGUGUAUUCCAUUCAUCCACUGCUAAUGUUUGUGAGCCACUUUCUGCCUAGCUCACAAAUAGGGUACUUGAGGAGUGGAGCAGUUAUUCCCAGAAACUGUUACUUGUUAUUGCUGGAGAUCAUGUUAAAGUUAAUCAUUAUAAAUAACAUGUAGUGAUUAGCAUUAAGGAAUCAACUGCAAAGAGAAUCACACACAGCUAGAUUUUGUCAAGGUUAACCUAAUGAGGAAGCAAGGUGAUUUCCUGCCAUCAGGUGACAGAUUGCCUUCAUCCUCAGACCAAUGUUCGUCUCCUGAAGUGAUGGGUCAUUUUCUUCCUCAAGCACUACAUUAGUGUUCUGUUGUUCUUUGGAAAAGUAGUUGAUCCUCUCUUGGAAAUAUCAAGGUUCUAAGAAAUAGGAAAUAAAUGCAAAAUAGCCUGCUGCUGUUCUUUAUUCUCUUCAAGUUAUUUUAUCUGAUAAUCCUCCCUUGAAAAUUGUUAAUUUUAUGAGAAGGAACAGGAAAGAGGCAAAGAUAUUUGUUGUUGUUGUCUAUCCUCUGAAACAAUAGUUUUAGGGACUUUAAGGCCACUACAACUGUGUCUUGAUGAGGAAGAUUAACUACAGAAAUCUGUCUGCAACUAAGGGUAAUUAAAGCAGUGUGAUUGGUCUUACUAAAAUAGGACAGCAAUGUCUUGCAGCCACAGACUACUGCUGCAGGGUCCACAACCAUAACCAAUUAUAUCAUGGCUUAUAAGAGGCAGCAUAUUCAUGUAUCAUAGGCAGCUGAAGGCUUGACAGCAGUCUGUAGGCAAGGAUUAUUACAGAACAUUUACAAUGCAGUGUCUUGGCAAUGUAAACAUACACAUAAGGACCAUGUUUGUUGCUACAAACUAAAAAAUACGUGUCUGCUUUGGUACAUGUGUCUGGGAAUGUAUGCUUAUUACAUGAUGCUCACACAUGCUGUAUCCUUAAGCUGGUGUAAUGAAGUAUGCUAAAAGGGCAGCUAAAGUUGUGAAUGACUAUUCUACACUUAACAUUUAUUGGCCAAUCUCAGAUGUGAUGUGUUUGUUAAGGUGAACCAUGAACAGGUUAAUGUGUGAUUAGGUUGUGUCCAGGAUAGAUCUCUAAUGUGUAGGGGGCAAUUGAUAUGUUAUCAGUCAAAAUAAAAAAGGGGAUCUGAUGGUAAAGAAGCAGCUACAAAGAUGUGAUACUGGACUGUAAUGAAGAACUAAUCUAAAACAAAGCUUUAUGUAAGAAAUCUAGUAUGUAAUGGAUGACUGAUUUAUUAUUGGAGGGAAUGAAACAAUGAGGAUAAAGCAAAUUUACAAAGGCUAUGAUGUUACCAAGAACUGACUUAGUUCCAAGCUGUGCAUCACCAUUAUGUAUUUAGGCAGGUGGCUGGGAUUCUAACCCAGGACACCACAAACAGCAGGUGCAGCUGUUGUCACUCAAUAUUGUCUAUAUGAAAUUAUUCAGUAUCUUUCAGAAAAGUCAUAUUCCAGUUUUGUUUAUAACACAACAAAUUGACUUUGUAUUCCUAGCAAAACUCAGAUAUACUUAAUCAUAUGGUAACAAGCAGUCUGCCAUCUUACAGACCUGUGAAUGAAGGUUUUGGAUGGAAAGUCAAUUGUUGUACCUUCUGAAACAAAACAGGAUUUUGUAGACCAGUUAGCAUGCAAGAAUAUCAGCUAAUGUUUGCAUAUUAAGGAGCAUGCCAUCAGGUCUAAAAGAUGAAAUGCAGUGUGCUAGGCAUAUACUGCUUUACAUACUGACCAGAAUGCAUCACUGCAAUCAUGGAUAAACCAAUUCAGUUUUACCUAGUGUUGUCAGCCACCCCAGCGCUUUGUCAUGCCACUGUGAAGCAGAGAUAGAGAGAAGAGGAAAGCAGCUCAAAGGUUCACAUUCUCAAGUGUUUGGGUGGCUCAUCUGGACUGCUUUUCACAGACUGUAGUGAAAAUUAUUGAGGUUUAAAAAAAUGUCAUGGUUAUAAUAGUUCAACAAGGAAUAUUUCUUAUCAGUGAGAAAAAAAAAAUGAGAAUCAGAGAAGGAAACAUUUCAUACAGGCCAAAGUGUGAGAGAACAUGCCUGCCUUAGCAAGGAUGUGCUGCCAGGACUGUGAUGUUAUAGGAAGACUGAGCUCAGAAUUUAGUAAUAGUUGAAAGUGUUUAUUUUGAAUGUGAAAGAAUUUAGAAAUACAUGGUGAUGAUGAUGAAAUUGAGGUUGAUGUGUUUAUAUUGCCUGAUGCAGAAUGAUAACCUCUUGAUUAACUUUUUAGGGGAUCAAGAAAUAUAGCAUAGGACUUUAUUUAUACAUGCUACAGACAACUGAAGCAUUCCAGCUAAUACAUUUUGUGUUGCUCAGAAAAACUUUAGUUGUGUAUGAUAGUUUGGGUGUGUGUUUGUGGGUGUUUUAAGGUGCUGAGUAGAAAAUGUAUAAAUGAAUGUAUAAUGUAUAAACAUGCACAUAUGGGCUGCUCAGAAUUCUAAAAUUUAUUAUCACAAUGGAGAGUAAAUAUUCUUGGAUAUAAGUAGAGUAAGAAAAGAAGUGAUAAAUAAAUGAGACUUUUGGCAAGUACAUGCAUUAAUUGUCAGAAGAUCAGGGUUCAGAUAAGCAGAUACGCAAGUAAUGCUACUCUUAAUUUAGACUUGUUAAUUGUUUUCUUGUAACAUGAAGUCUAUUCUCAUCCUUUUGACCUGUGAAAACAUAAAUGCAAGAAGAAUGGAGAUACUUAAAAAUUAUAAUAAUCCCUUUGACAGUGCUGGACAGUCAUUCACAGGCUGGUGCAGUCACUUCAUAAUUCAGCACAUAAAGAAAUAUAAGUGAGUGAUCCAAUACAGGUUUUUGUUAAGUCAUUCAUUUUGGUGUCAAGGAACCUUAAUGGGGAAAACUGAGGGAAAUCUUUAUUAUCAAAUGCGGAUGUAUAUUUAUGGAGAUAAUCAAAUUUUAUUCAUAUUUAAAAAAAAAAAUACUAUAUAAAUUUUUUAUGCAUUUGGAGGAAGAUAAUUUUUACAUGCCAAUAUAAUAAUGUUAUACAAGACUUCCACUGUUGUGAGGCAAUGUGAAGGUGUACAUGGUGUGUGGCGGUGUUGUAGGCUCAUCUCUGCCACUUUGACCUUUGCCAGAACACGCCUGGUUGGGCAACUCCUUAUGAUCCCCGAGGACAAACGUGAAGCAAAAUCAUGUUAUCACAAGUAGCGAGAAUAUGUAAUGACUUCAGGUGACAUUAGUGAGAUAAAAUCAUUCCAUUCUGUUGUACGUGAACUUUUUAUUCAUUUCCGGAUUGACAUGAUCUUUUUACGGGUUGACGUGAGGGGUCGUGGGAGGGGAGUCGAAGCCUAUCAUUUCAUUGUGGAUUUGAGAGGUGAUUAGAGUCCCUGGCAGUGAGCAAAGAGUGACGGAAUUAUAACCCAGUGACAUGAUUAGACUUAACCAACCUUACCUUAAGAAGAUGUGUGGAAAUUAUGAAUAGUAAUGCUAUUGAUGAUGCAUUUAUGAAAUUUAUACUUAAUAUUCAUAACUUUAUACAGUCAGAUUAAAAUAAUGAUAAAAAGAUAUAUCAAAACGAAAUGGACCCUUCAUUAUAGAAAUCAUAAUGAUUUGACAGGUUGUGUACUACUUUAACUAGGCAUGUAUUGUCAAGUAAGCUGUGUAUUUAUGUAUUACGAGCGGAGAACUUCCCUUGUACAGUUAAAUAUAAUGUGCUUUAUGUACGUUGUG